CAAAUCCGACGGUAUGCUUCGUAUUGUCGUCGUUGGCGCUGGCCCAGCUGGACUCGUCACAUGCAAGCACCUCCUAGAUGCUAGCAGCGAUGACUUUCCAUUCGAUCCUAUUGUGCUAGAACAAAAGGAUGAGAUAGGAGGAACGUUCAGGUACCGGUCGUACGAGAAUGCCAAUCUCGUGUCUUCGAAGCAGCUCACAUGUUUCUCCGAUUGGCGGAUGCCAUUGGAUCAUCAUGAUCACUUGUCCUUGGAAGAAUAUGUCGACUACCUGAAGUCCUACGCUCAGCAUUUCAAGGUCCUGGAGCGUAUCAAGACUGGCUGUCGCGUCACACGUAUCAGCCGGGGUGUCAACGGGAAGGGACAUCUUGUUGAGUACAUUCGGAAGUCUCCUGAUGGCGCUUGGGGAACAACGGUCGAGAGCAUAAUGACGGACUAUUUGGCUAUUUGCACUGGCCUCCAUGUCAUACCCUCGAUUCCCUCAAUUCCCGGCAUUGAACAUGUAUUGAAGAAGAAUGAAAACAAUGGCGAACGGAAGUUUGAAGCUACAGUGUUUCAUUCAAGCGAGUACAAACUGCGAGCUCAACUGACAGGAAGGCGGGUCAUGAUCCUUGGAUGUGGGGAGACUGGCAUGGACCUCGCCUAUGAGGCCGCAAAAGCGAAAGCGAAACAAGUCGUGCUCUGUCACAGAGAUGGGUUUCUAUCUUUCCCCAAAGUCGUCAAUGACUUCACUUUGUUCGGGAUGACGUUCAAAGGCAACCUACCCAUUGAUGGCCUGAUCACGAAUCUCUUCGAAACAGCCUAUGUGCACCCUUGGAUCGCUCAACGCCGCAUUCGCUGGCAUGUCAGCGACUUCGUCAUCAAACGAGUGCUUUGGCUGUUGACUGGUACCCAAGCUGGAUGCAAUCAGUGGGCGGGAGAACUUCCACCCGAACGUCUCGGUCGCGCUUAUGUCUUCCUGAACAAGUCUCAUAAAGCCAUGCCCUACAUCAAUCGGCCAUAUCGACACCGAACGUGGCUUCUGCAACUCAUAUCUCACUAUGAGGAGGACCCAGCCGAUAUGCCACCUAACACGGACUUUGUCGUUGAUCUGGCGCCUUUUCCUUCUCACUUCCUCCCCACCGGUCAAGCCGUCUUCCCCGUUAACUGGAGGAAGGAGUCCAAGCGUAUCCAAAACGUUGAGGUAAAACCUGAUAUGAUUAUCUAUGCGACGGGUUACACGCAGAACUUCAAUUGGUUCGAACCUGGUCAAGGCUACGCUGGAGUCGGCGAACAGGAUGUGCGUGAGAUCUUCAAAUCAGGUGAUGAGAGUGUCGCCUAUAUUGGAUUUGUUCGACCGGGUGUCGGCGCCAUUCCUCCAAUAGCCGAGAUGCAAGCCAUGUUUUGGAUUGCAAUAUUGACUGGAAAAGGUAAGAUACCCACCACGCCGGCGCACUACCAUCUACUUGCGAAAAAAAACGCCCGUAUCACGUAUGGUGUUGAUCACGGAGCGUACAUGAGCCAACUUGCGCGUGAUAUCGGGGCCGCACCUGACAUCUUCGAGCUGUAUCGAGUACAUGGAUCGCACGUAUUCUGGUCGUACGUGUUUGGGGCAGCGUUUGUGUCCUACUAUCGGCUCCUUGGACCUUUCCCUUCUCCCAAAGCUCCUGAGAUCGCCAGAACGGAGCUAUGGGAGACUAUUGUUCGUAGAGGUGUCGGUGGGAACCUUUUCAUGGGACUGAUUCCCAUGGUCUUCUACGGAUGCGUCUCGUGCACCGCGUGGACGAUAGAGUCUGUGUGGCGUCUGCUGCAUAUGCAGAUGCCAAGAUUCAGUUGAUCCCUUAUAUGAUAGUGCACGAUAUCGUUGUUGCAAGAGUCUUGUAGCCUCCCGAUAUUUAUGUAGCCAUAGGCUUCAAUAGAUUUG